GCAUCCAUAAUUAUGUUCCUGAUAUUUUUGCACCCCCCUCCAAAAGAUGUCAGCAUCCUACUGUCCUGAUUCUCCCGCAGAAAUCCCGAAUAGUUCAGAGCCGCUGAACACACCAAACCAUCAGUGUGGUGCCAAGUGCCAAAAUGUCAUGUCCGAAUAACAUAGCGACUGGCAACUUCCUCAUGGAUUCCUUAAUGGGAGGAUCAUCUUCCUUCAGGGGUGACGGUUAUUCCAGCAACCCCGGAAUGUACAUCCACUCAGCAGCGGCAGAGUACGGAUACCCGGUGAUGAGAAACAUAGGCAAGGUCGGAGCGUCUUCACUCUCCAAAAGAGACGAGCUUCCUCCGGGCGGCGAGCCUCUCACCGGCUUCCAAGACGCGUCCUACCUGUCCGCACAGCUGCCCACAUGGACCCCAGGCUCCAAAGCCGGCAGGGACCAACAACAACAACCUGUUGCCCAGUGUUUACAACCCUGCUCGUUUCCAGCGGGCAACGUCAAAGAGGAGGCGUUUUGUUGCCUCUAUCAGGAUAACAGCAAUAAGGGGAAACAGCAGGCAACAGAGUCAGCCACUUACAUCCGGCUGGGAGACAAUAGCUGCCGGCCUGAGCGAUCCUCCGCCACGACCAGCGGCUGUUUCCAGGUGUUCAACAGCGCAGAGAGGCCGCAGCAGGACGAGCAGCAGCAGUUCCCCUCCGGCCUCUCCCUCACUCACUUGGAGGCAUCUGUUGAGUCAGCAUCAGAAGAGACAAUAAGUUGCAGCAAAAAAGCAGCGCACGAGACAGCGAGAGAACUUUCAGAGAUAGAUGAGAGUCAGAGCAGGAAGGAGGAGAAGGCCAAGAGUGACAGCUAUGAUUUAUCCGCGGAAAAGACAACGGGGAGCUGGUUAAAAGCCAAAAGUGGAAGGAAGAAGCGCUGUCCCUACACAAAGCACCAGACGCUGGAGCUGGAGAAAGAGUUCUUGUUCAACAUGUAUCUGUCUCGGGAGCGCCGCCUGGAGAUCAGUCGGAGUAUCAACCUGACCGACAGACAGGUCAAGAUCUGGUUCCAAAACAGACGCAUGAAGCUCAAGAAGCUCAACAGAGAGUGCCGAGAGAGGGAGCACAGUGCAGUUUAUAACUAUCCCUGAGGAGAUUUCUCAUUAACCUGCACAUGCAUUUACACCCACAUUUAUACAGUAACACUUACACAUACACGCACCCACGCAUGCAUUUGCAUAGACAUGCACAGAUACAGACAGCAUGUGUCAUCUUAGACUUACAUUCUCUUUGUACUCACAUAAACACACACUGUGCCUUCUUAUUUGAACUCAACCCUGCAGACUAGACUUGAAUUCCUUGCAGCACCACCAGAACUAUAUGGUGCUUUUACCUCACAUGAAUUAUUAUAAUAUAACAUGAUCCAAACUAAAGGAGCAGUCUAUAUAUAACUGGGCAUGGACGCAGCUUCACUUUCCUGAGCUAUAAUGAAUGUUGUGCAGCUUCUUCGUUGGUGUCUUGCUGUGGCAUACACGUGCAUGAAGCUAUGAUUCCAAAACAAUAAAAGCAGGGGGAAAGGCGAGAUAUUACCAACUUUGUCCUUCCCCUGGUGUAGUGGUGCAAAUGAGGAGGGAGGGAGAGACACUGCGGAUGAGAGAAGGAGAUUAUGGCACUUUUAAUAGAAGUGAAAGACCAUAACGUUGAUUUAAAUAUUAUCCAGGUGACCACAGUAAGUCAAGGUCAUAAAAUUCUAAUGUCAGGUUCGCCCUGGAAAGCGUUGGGGGUGGAUUUUAUGAUCUGCAAA